AUGGCUGGAAACAAGCGCAAGCGGACAGAGCUGACUGCAGGGACGAAGAAGCGGUUAUGCACCAGGUUCAAGGAGAGGCCAUCUAUGCACCAGGAGCUCGUCGAAUGGGCAAUGAAGGAACUUUCGUUGGACAUCAGUAGAUCAACAGUGUCGACGGUGCUCAAAGACCCCGAGAAGUGGCUAGAUGUUCCUGCUGACGAAUCCAGCAUAGGUCGUGCAAGGCCUCCAAAGCACGCAUCCCUGGAGAAGGCUCUGGUGACAUGGUUCAACGACGUCCGAGCUAGAGGGGCCAUUGUGAACGACGCGAUGCUUAUUGAGAAGGGCAAGGUUUUUGGAAGUCUCCUUGGUAUAGAUGAUUUCAACUAUUCUACGGGCUGGCUUGGACGUUUCAAGAAACGCAAUGGGAUUCGCUGCUUUACCUUGCACGGAGAAGCCACGUCCGUUGAUGAAGAUACGGGGGCCAUCGGAAGAAACAAGCUUCAUGAGGUUCUUGCUGGCUACAGUGACGACGAAAUCUACAACAUGGACGAGACUGGAUUUUUCUACAAGUUGAGGCCGUCGAAGACGUUGGGAACAACACCUGGAGCGGGCAUAAAGACGAGCAAGGACAGAAUAACAGUGGCGUUUAUGCUGAAUGCCAGCGGAACGGACAAGCGAAAGCUUAUCGUGAUUGCGAAGGCGGCGCGACCAAGGUCAUUCAAAAAGGUAUUUGACCCGAACAUUUAUUGCGAUUAUUUUUAUAACAAGGAAGCUUGGAUGAAGAGUGCCAUCUUCAACGACAUUCUACGUCGAUUUGACCGGACUCUUCAAAAACAAAACAGGCGCGCAUUGCUCCUGGUUGACAAGGCUGGUUGCCAUGUGAUGGACCGGCAGCCUUUCACUAACUUGAGAGUUGAGUUCCUUCCCGCCAACACCACGGCGAAGCUGCAGCCCCUGGAUGCCGGAAUAAUUCGUGCCGUUAAAGCUGCAUACCGCACAGGCCUUGUACGACACUAUCUUGCCUGUGCUGAGGGCGGAAAUGCUCAGACCGUUGAUCUUCGCUGGAGCCUGCUCGCUAUCGUGCGAUCGUGGAACAAGAUCACCAGCAACGUCGUGACGAACUGUUGGCGCUACACCAGGAUACUUCCUCUAGCUGCACCUCCGGAGGUAGAAGACCCUCUUGACAUUGUGCCGCUCUCUGAGCUGAAGGCAAUGCUUGCCAGAGGCAAUUUUCCGUGUAGUGACAGUGCUGCUCAAGCCUACGUUGAUAUAGACAGCAGCGAAGACGUUGCCGAGGGCCUUUCCGCCGACGACAUUUUGGAGCGUGUUGCUCCGCCACCAGCAGACGACGCCGGAGACGCGACUGUAGACACAAGCAGUGAAGAGGAAUUAUGUGCACCUGCUUUCGUCAACGUAAGGGAUGCCACUCAAGCGCUCAAGAUGGCUUUGCAAUUCUUCGAGCAGCAGAAGGACAUUCAAAAUAUGCAUGCUAUUUGUAACGCAAUAGAGACAGUGGAGCGCUUGCAAAUUGAAAGUGCUACGAAACAAACGGUUCUGACGGAUUUCUUUCGCAAAUAA